UGGGCAUGUGAGGGAGUGAGCGAACACUGGCUGGCCUGCACACAUCCUGGCAUGGCCACACACAGAAGCCUGGAAAUGGACAAAGAAAGCAGUGAUGCUUCCUGCAAAUCCUCAGACCUGAAAAUAUCCAACAUCUCCAUUCAGGUGGUCAGUGUCCCAACGAAGCUACCGGGGAGAAGACUGCCUCGAAAGCCCAUUGGCAAAGCCAGAAAGCAGCCCAAGAAGAGAGGAGCCCUUUGGAACGUUCAAAAUAAGAUCAUUCUCUUCACUGUGUUUUUAUUCAUCCUGGCCGUCACAGCCUGGACACUUCUGUGGCUCUAUAUCCGUAAGACAGAGAGCAAAGAUGCCUUUUAUUUCGUUGGGAUGUUCCGCAUCACCAACAUUGAGUUUCUUCCUGAGUACCGGCAGAAGGAAUCCAGGGAAUUUCUCUCCAUGGCGAAGACAGUACAGCAAGUGGUAAACCUCGUUUACACAACAUCUGCUUUCUCCAAAUUUUAUAAGCAGUCUGUGGUUACAGAUGUCAGUAGUAACAACAAAGGUGGUCUCCUGGUUCACUUUUGGAUUGUGUUUGUCAUGCCACAUGCCAAGGGCUACAUUUUCUGUGAGGAAUGUGUGGCGGCCAUCUUGAAGGACUCCAUCCAAACCAGCAUCAUAAACCGCACCUCUGUGGGGAACCUGCAGGGUCUGGCUGUGGAUAUGGAUUCUGUGGUACUAAAUGCUGGGCUCCGGUCAGACUACUCUUCAACCAUAGGAUCGGACAAAGGCUGCUCCAACUACUUCUAUGCAGAUCACUUGACUCUCCGCUACCCUCUGGCAAUUUCUGCAACCUCAGGACAGCUAAUGUGCCACUUUAAGCUAGUGGCUAUGGUGGGUUAUCUAAUUCGUCUCUCAGUUGAGUCUAUCCAGCUGGAAGCUGAUAACUGCAUCACUGACUCCCUGACUGUUUACGACUCCCUCUUGCCAAUCCGGAGUGCCACCCUGUACAGAAUCUGUGAACCCACAAGAACACUAAUGUCAUUUGUUUCCACAAAUAAUCUCAUGUUGGUAACACUGAAGUCUCCUUAUGUACGGAGGCUGUCAGGGAUCCGGGCAUAUUUUGAAGUCAUUCCAGAACAAAAGUGUGAAAACACGAUAGUGGUCAAAGACAUCAACAGCUUCGAAGGGAAAAUUUCAAGUCCGUAUUACCCAAGCUACUAUCCUCCGAAGUGCAAGUGCACCUGGAAGUUUCAGACUCUGCUAACAACUCUGGGCUUAGCCCUGAAGUUCUACAACUAUUCAAUAACUAAGAAGAGUAUGAAAGGCUGUGAGCACGGCUGGUGGGAAAUCAAUGAACACAUGUACUGUGGCUCCUACAUGGAUCACGAGACCAUUUUCCGAGUGCCCAGCCCCUUGGUCCACAUCCAGCUUCAAUGUAGUUCCAGACUUUCAGACAAGCCUCUUUUGGUAGAAUAUGGCAGCUACAACAUCAGUCAACCUUGUCCUGCUGGAACUUUUAGAUGUUCCUCUGGUUUGUGCAUCCCCCAAGCCCAGCGCUGUGAUGGAGUAAAUGACUGUUUCGAUGAAAGUGACGAACUUUUCUGUGUGACUGCCAAACCUUCGUGCAAUGCCAGUAUCUUCCGGCAGCAUGGCCCCCUGAUCUGUGACGGCUUCUGGGACUGCGAGGAUGGCCAGGAUGAGCAGAACUGCACUAGGAGCAUCCCAUGCACCAACAGGACCUUUAAAUGUGGCAACGACAUAUGCUUCCAGAAACAAAAUGCACAAUGUGAUGGGAUAGUGGAUUGUCCAGACGGAAGUGAUGAAGUGGGCUGCAGCUGUAGCAGGAGUUCUUCCUCCCUCCACCGCAUCGUUGGGGGUUCUGACUCCCAAGAGGGGAGCUGGCCAUGGCAGGUGAGCCUCCACUUUGUUGGAUCAGCCUACUGUGGUGCUUCAGUCAUCUCCAGAGAGUGGCUUCUCUCUGCAGCCCACUGUUUUCAUGGAAACAGGCUGUCUGACCCCACUCCAUGGACUGCGCACCUUGGGAUGUAUGUACAGGGGAAUGCCAAGUUUGUGUCUCCAGUGAGAAGGAUUGUGGUCCACGAAUACUAUAACAGUCAAACCUUUGAUUAUGACAUUGCUUUGCUACAGCUCAGUAUAGCCUGGCCUGAGACCCUGAAACAGCUCAUUCAGCCAAUAUGUAUUCCCCCAGCUGGCCAGAAAGUACGAAGUGGGGAGACAUGCUGGGUGACUGGCUGGGGGCGAAGGCAUGAAGCAGAUAAGAAGGGCUCCCUGGUUUUGCAGCAAGCAGAGGUAGAACUCAUAGAUCAAACCGUCUGUGUUUCUACCUAUGGGAUCAUCACUUCCCGGAUGCUCUGUGCAGGGGUUAUGUCUGGCAAGAGCGAUGCCUGCAAAGGCGAUUCAGGUGGACCCUUGUCUUGCCGAAGAAAGAGUGAUGGAAGAUGGAUUCUGACUGGCAUUGUUAGCUGGGGUCAUGGGUGUGGAAGACCAAAUUUUCCUGGUGUUUACACAAGGGUGUCAAAUUUUGUUCCCUGGAUUCAUAAAUAUGUUCCUUCUCUUUUGUAACUGUACCAGUUGAAUUUUUCACUGUGACUUACA